UCGUCACUCUUGCCACACUUCACCUGCGCUUCCUGGACUGAAGAGGCUGCUUUACCGCCGCUCAUUUAGUGUUUGAGCAGGCCUGAAGGAUCCACCGUCCUCCAGACCCUCUACCACCACAUCAUGGUCUCCACCUGAGAGAGACUGAGAGAGAGAGAGAGAGAGACAACACCCACAUCCUCCCAGCUCCUCCCACCUCCCCGUCCCCCUGCUGGAUUUACUUUGACCUUCAUAUUUGGGGAAAGUCUUCCUCCACAAUGCUCUUGGGCCUUGGACUCGUGUUGUUCUUCGCUUCGCUCGCUCCAUGCGCCACUGGAAUUAAAGAGAAUGACGCGAGGCUGCGGCCGGGAGUCCCGGCGGACGCCGGCGCCUCCACGCGCCUGGUGGAACUCUUGACGGUGUCGACAUACGCCCAAAGUUCGGGUUCUGACGUGGGAAAACCUCGAGCCAAGAGGUCAGUGUUCAUUCACUCCGGAGUGAAGAUCUGUCCUGAAGAGAGCGUCAGUGAAGUGCUCGCCAGCCACCAGGCGUACUACCAGCUCAGAGUUUGUCAGGAGGCGGUGUGGGAGGCGUUCAGGAUCUUCUUGGACAGGAUUCCCGGGACGGCGGAGUACCAGCGAUGGGUUCACACGUGUCAGCACGAGUCGCUCUGCAUCUCCGACCUCGCCAAGAACUUCAGCGGCUCUGAGGAGCACGUGAGAUUAGUUCAGCGGAGGAUGAGUCGACUGAGAGACCGGAGGCCGCCGCCGCCGCCGCGAGAAUCAGCGUCUCCUCCGGCUGCGACGCUGAAACUCCCCGACAUCAAAGGUUCAGACGUUCAGACGAUCGACUCCACAGAGACACCGACUGUCCUCACCUUCACCGUCCAUCUCACUCCUGUGAGCUCCUCACCAGACCAGGACCUGGAAGAAACCCAGUCUGAGGAGGAGGUGAAGGUUGAAGAAGAGGAGGAAAAGAAGAAGGUGGAAGAAGUGGAGGAGAAGAAUGAGGAGGAGGACCCGGAGCUUCCUAAUGUGGUCCCUGAGAGUCCGCUGCAGCGAGUGCUGGAGUUCAGUAUCGACCUGGUGGAUCCGGGUUACAGAGACCUGCUGGACGACCCGGACUCCCCGCAGUACGUGGAUCUGGCUCAUCACCUGCAGGACCAGAUGCAGCACGUCUUUGACAAACUCCCAGGAUUUGAAACCAUCAACGUGCUGCGAAUCAGCGAGACUCAGGACACUGACGGGUCUGGAGGAAUCUCGGUGCUCUACUCUCUCGUCUUUGACGUCACGUCGCCUGAAAUCAACCCGGGGGAGAAUUCGGAGGCGCCGACCAACAGUCCGGAGUUGUCUGCUGACUCCGCCCUCAGGGCGAUGGUGACGGAGGCUUUAAGAGAAGAGGCGUCCCUGCCCAUCGACCUGGACUCGCUGAACUUUGAACCAGAGGUCAGCCUCUUGCCAGCGUUUACCUCCUCAUCUUCAGUAGAAGUGGUGAACAAGUCCAGUGAACCAGACUCUCACAACGAGUUUGAAGUGGUCACCGAGGAGCCGGAGGUGGGCAAACCUCGUCUGCCAGUUCCUCUCACGCCCCUGGAGAAGGAGAAUGCCCUGGUGACCCUGCUGGAUCCCACAGCUCUCCCUGACGAUGUGAUGGCGGUGACAGAGUUUAGGAGUGAUGCUCCGCCCACCAGAGAGGAUCUCAUUGAUGAAUCGGAGGCGAUUAAUGUGGGUGAGCCAUCGAGUGAAGGCGGAGAGGAGGAAAAAGAGGAAUCGCUCAUCAUUACACACGAGAUUGAGACCAUUCGUCAUGAUGAAACUGCCGAACUUGUGAGAGAGUACAUCCCGACCCCAGCGGUGAUUUUUCAGCUGGAGACGGAGGCUUCAUAUAUCAGCCUGUCCCCUAACCUGAUAUCAGAAGAGGACCUAGUUCCUGUAGACGAGGACAGCCACAGUCCUGGUGUGGAUGUUGAUUUUACUACCACUACUGCCAUUUUAUUAACCACCACAGCCUCAACCAAAGAGGCACUGUCUAGUUUGGGACAAGCCGUCACAACACUCUCUGCCCUCACAGGCCAACCACCCACCGAGUUAACACUCCGUCUUCAAGAAGCUGACCAGGCAAAUGCUCUUCCAGACGAGGAGGGAGUUGUUGUAGAAACUGGAAUUGAACUGCAAGAACCAGAGAGAGAGUUAGAGGUCAAAGCUAAUGAAGGAGUGUUUGAGGUUUUGCAGCCAAAUCCUAAACAACCUGAAAACUUUGAUGCAGAAGAAGCUAAAUUAAAGGUGUCAGAGGAAGUUGGUGCUUCAGAGCCGGAAGGAGACCCUGCAGUAGAAUCUCCUCCUAAAGAAGUGUCACCUGAGGUUUCAGACACGGAGGAGAUGGUAGUUGAGGAUUUGACAGAAGGACAGGAAGAAGGAGUUGAGUUUUUGCAACCAGAAGAGGACAUAACUGAAAUUGCCGAAGAAGGUAUAGUUGACAUGUCAAGUCCAACUUCAGAGCCUGUGGAUAUACAACCUAAAGUACCUGAGGAAUUUUUACUGGAGGUCUCCAAUAAUAGGCUACCGGAGGUAGCAGAGAGAACAGUACCUGAGGUAGUAGAGGAAACAGUACCUGAGGUAGUAGAGAAAACAGUACCUGAGGUGGCAGAGGAAACAGUACCUGAGGUAGUAGAGGAAACAGUACCUGAGGUAGUAGAGGAAACAGUACCUGAGGUAGCAGAUGAAACAGUACCUCAGGUAGCAGAGGAAACAGUACCUGAGGAAAUGGUACACAAGGUGGGAGAGAAAACAAUACCCGAGGUAGCAGAGGAAACUGUACCUGAGGUAGCAGAGGAAACUGUACCUGAGGUAGCAGAGGUACUACAGACGAUUACUGAGGUAGAGGAAACCAAAGAGGUAGCAGAGGGAACAAUACCUGAGGUAGCAGAGGAAACGGUACCUGAGGUAGGAGAGGUAAUGGUACUUGAUGUAGUGGAGGAAACGGUACCUGAGGUAUCUGAGGAAACAGCACCUGAGGUAGUGGAGGAAACGGUACCUGAAGUAGCAGAGAAAAUAGCACCUGAGGUAGCAGAGGAAACGGUACCUGAGGUAGCAGAGAAAACGGUAGCUGAGGUAGCUGAGAAAAUGGUACCUGAGCUAGCGGAGGAGAGAUUACCUGCAGUAGCAAAGGAAUCUGUACCUAAGGUGGUGGAGAAAACGGUACCUGAGGUAGCAGAGGAAACGGUAUUUGAGUUCACAGAGGAAACAGUACCUGAGGUAGCAGAGAAAACUGUACCUGAGGUAGCAGAGAAAAUGGUACCUGAGGUAGCAGCGGAAACUGUACCUGAGGUAGAAGAGGAACUGGUAACUGAGUUAACAGAGGAACUGGUAACUGAGUUAACAGAGGAAAUGGUAACUGAGUUAGCAAAAGAAACUGUAAGGGAGGUUUCUGAGGAAGCAGUAGAAGAUAUUCCUGAUGUUCCAACACCAGAUGAAGGUGUGGUCGACUCUUUGGAAUCAAAGCCAGAGUUGUUGCCCAAGGGGGAAAACAAAUUUACUGAGGUGACAGAAUCAACAGUUGUCAAGGUUGAGAGUGUAGAACCAGAGAAGGAACAAGAAGUAGUUUCUGAACCUAGUGAUAAAGUGGUAGAAGUUGUGGAACUGGGGAAAGAUUCUGAUGAAACACCAGAGGAGCCAGUUGACAUUUCAGAACCCAAACUACCUUCAGAAACCCAGCCACAGGAGAUGGAGGAAAAUCCAGAACCAGAGGAAGAUAUGAUUGAAAUUUCACUGCCAGUUGAAGUUCCUGGGGUUUCAGAGCCAGAAUCAAGUGACACUGUAACAGUUCAAGUUCUAGAACCAGAAGAGGAGGAUGUUGAUGUACCCGAACAAAAUCCAGAGGAGGAGGUGGUUGAGAUUUUAGAUCCAGAAACAAAGGAAUACAUUACUGAGCCUCCAGCAGAAUCCAUUAAAGUCCUUCGCCCCUUAGAUGGUAGGAAAGGCCUUCACUUUGGUGCUGACACUAUUCAGGUUGUUGAAGAUAAUGAGGUCCUUGAGUAUCAUUUUGAUGUCAAUAAUUUACCUGACGUCCCAGCGAACGAUUCCAGGCCUUCAGUGACCACAGAGGAAGCAGAGGACAAUCUGGAGUUUGAGACAACCUCCAUCACUGCAGAGGUGGCAGCUUCAGAUAGACGAGACACAACAGAGAACAUCAAAGACCAGCCGGAGGCGACACAAGAAAGUGAUUCCUCCCCGGAGAGAGACAUCAGCGCGACAGCACCGCCGGUUUCACACUCCCUCCCUUCACCUCCGGCUACGUCUGCUUCUGAAGUUUCCUCGUCCAGCCCGACUCCAGACUCUGGACUCUUUGAGGUAGCGGAGCGAACUGUGAUCCCCUCCGAGUUUGAUCUCACAGAGUCGGAGCUAAAUGAGACUGCUGCUGUCGUCACAGAUGAAGACUUAGAAGAGACACAGCAGCAGGGAGGAGGCGAAAGCCAAACCAGCUCUCCGGCGCCGGCUGCUGGCGUCACUGGCCAGAAAGACCUGUCCGUGGAGCUGGAGGAAACAGAUGUGGUGACCACGGAGGCAAAUGAGCCGCUGCAUGAGGGUAGUGGCUUCAUGGCAGCAGGUGACGACGUCACAACCCCCACUCCGACACUGCGGUACCUGACCACGCCCUCUAUGACUGCAGCGAGCCAUGGCCGGGAGCUGGUGGUGUUCUUCAGCCUGCGAGUCACCAACAUGAACUUCUCUGAGGACCUCUUCAACAAGACGUCGCCCGAGUACAGAUCCCUGGAGAACACCUUCCUCGACAUGCUGCUGCCGUACCUGCAGGCCAACCUGACGGGCUUCAAGAAACUCGAGAUACUCAACUUCAGGAAGGGCAGCGUGGUCGUCAACAGCAAGAUGAAGUUCGCCAAGUCUGUGCCGUACAACGUCACCGAGGCCGUCCACGGCGUCCUGGAGGAGUUCUGCUCCGCCGCCGCCAGGAACAUGCACAUCGACAUCGACACACGCUCCCUGGACAUCGAACCAGCUGACCGAGCAGAUCCCUGUAAGUUCCUGUCGUGUGACGACUUUUCUCGCUGCCAGGUGAAUGUUCGUACACAGGAAGCGAAGUGUGUGUGUGAGCCAGGCUUCCUGUCUGUGGACGCUCAGCCAUGUCAGAGUGUUUGUGUCCUGCAGCCGAAUUACUGCAGCACGGGGACAUGUCACAUCGUUCCUGGACACGGUGCCAUCUGCAGACGCAUGCGCCGCUCGUCGGCGCUCGGCCUGACCAGUUAAGAAAAUCUAUGUUGCUGGACGUCGCCUGAGAAUACACGAGGAGGAGACGUGAGGACACAGACUCAGGAAGUGGACGAUGGACUCAAGCAUUUUCUUUCAGGAUAAAACUCGUUAGUGCUUCACAUCAGAGACAGCGCCCCCUUCAGGGCACCGUGACUCUCAUACGACUACAAACAAACAAACAAACAAACUUGGGAAGAUUUGUCGCAGGAGAAAAGCUCUGCUGACGAUCAGGUGUUUACUGAUCAACUCUGGACUGUUUUUUGUUUUUUUUUGUCGUAACAACAUAUUUUCUGUUCUGUUUUACGACUAAACAAGUUUUCUUCUAAUCUACAACAUUUCCUGAUUUUGACAUUUUCUUUAACCUGAUGCUACGUGCUGGUUAGCAUGCAACAAAAUUCAAAGAAAAAGAACGAAGGAACAAAAUGACUGAAAAACCUUAAAUCAAUAAACUGUGUUGCUGGUGGCUUGCUGGUUAGCAUGCUAACUUGUUUAAUCCUCUUGGUCAGCAUUUAUGGACAACAAUGUCCAUAAAUGUCCAGAAAAAGUUUCUCUUGACAAAUUUUGGAAUUUAAAUUUUUCUAUUUGAGGACAAAAACGUCCACUUCCAAAAACAUAACAGAUUACAAUUUUGAAGUAAUGUUUUUGAGGUUUUAUUUGUUUUAGCAUCAUGUGAUCAAACUGGCAUUUAAAGGAUAAAAAUCAUGCUACUUAUUCAGUGUCUGAUCGUUUUGAUCAGGACUGAAGUUGAUCAAAAGAUUUAACCCCCCCCCAAAAAACGUUUUUGUUCUAUUUUUAAAGCAGUUUUUGGAAGUGGACAUUUUUGUCCUUAAUGACUUAAAAGCGUAGUAAAUUAAACUUAUGCCUGAGGGUGUAAAUAAAAUGAAAGAAGCUAUAAAACACUUAUUUUUUUUAAAAGUUAUAUAAAAUCCUUCAUUACCACAAUUUAGUGUAGGCUAGUAUAACUUUGUGCUAAGUAGCUAAUAAGCAUGCUAACUUCAGUAAAGUGUUUGUUAAAGCUUAAAUGGACACGUUUGUCUUAAACUUGUCUUUAUGUUACGUCAUAAAAAUGCGAGCAGCAACUUGGUCCUACGGUCAUGUGACUGGCUGGUGGUUAACUGGUUAGCAUGCAGUAACAAAAGCAAAAAAAAAAAAUUUAAAGACAGGUUAGCUUUAACGUUUUGUAUGGCUAAAUAAUGUUGUGCUGUUAGACUUUUGCUACUGGACACAGACCUAAUGCUUAUGUCAGGGAAGGCAGGGCCUAAUCCUCAGGUUUCUACCCAGUGGUACAGUGUUAGCAUGUUGACGCUAACAAGGAUUAUUAAGUAAGUUUUAGGCUAAAAAAAAAAUCGAUUUAUUGUGUGAAAACCAAUUACUCUGGAUUACAAAUGUUCUUUAAAACUUUCCUUGUAAGAUUUUGUUCGAUUACUCGUUAACUGUUAAUGAAGUUUUCAGUCACGCCAGCUGUCGUACAAGGAGUGACAGUGAAUCAGCUAAUGAAACCUUAUUUUUUCACUGUAAAAUAACUCUGUGUGUGUGUGUGUGUGUGUGGGUGUUAGCAUGUGUAAAUACAUCGUUAAGUUUCAGUAAAAAAAUACAAACAGUUGAA